ACCUAAGAGUGUGAAGGGACAGAGAGGAGAGUGAGGUGGCCAGGUAGAGGGCUCAAGACCAUGGCGGACACCAUCACCUAUGCAGACCUGCGGUUUGUGAAGGCUCCCCUUAAGAAGAGCGUCUCCAGCCGUACGGGACAGGGUCUGGAUCCAGAGGCUGACGAAGAUGGGGAACUCACCUACGAGAACGUGCAAGUGUCCCCGGUCUCAGGGGGACCCUCGGGCUUGGCUUCCUCUGGUCUAGGCGACAAAGCAGGGGUCAAGGCGGAGCAGCCAGCGGCGGCCUGGAGCUCCCUGAAGUCACCGGCUGCCUGGCGGCUUCUGCUCUGCCAGGCAGCCUGCUGGCAGUACCUCCUGCUGGGCCUGCUCCUCACCUGCUUGCUGUUGGGAGUGGCGGCCACCUGCCUGGGAGUGCGUUAUCUGCAGGCAUCUCAGCACCUCCAGCAGGUGAACAGGGUUCUAGAAGCCACUAACAGCAGCCUGAGGCAGCAGCUCCGCCUAAAGAUAACUCAGCUGGGGCAGAGGGAAGAUGAGCUGCAGGGGUCCAGGAGAGAGCUGGAACAGAGUCAGGAAGCUCUACAGGUGCAGCAGAGGGUUCACCAGGAUGCCGAAGGGCGGCUGCAGACCUGUCAGUCAGACAGGGAGAGGACAAAUGAGAUCUUGCAAAGUGAGAAGGCGCACAGGAGCACCUUGGAGCAGAAGCUGAGCAGCAUGCAGGACACACUGAAGUCCUUCCUCACAUGCUUCCCACAAGACACCUGCUGUCCACUAGGAUGGAUACAUGCCUUGCAAAGCUGCUUUUACUUCUCACAUACUCGGAAAAAUUGGCAGGAGAGCAAAGAUCGUUGUGAAUCUCUGUCCUCCAAGCUGGCCACCUUCCCUCACAAUCGUUAUUACUCAAUUGGUUUGGCCAUCCACUCAAAUCUGCUUCUGGUAGCUGGUGGUUUAGAGGAUUCAUAUUGGAUUGGCCCCAUUGUUUAUAAGGACCGGCUGCAGAUUGAUAUACAAUCCUCUGAGGUCCGUGUUGAAAACCAAAAAUGUAUGAAGUUACAAAAAAAGACGUGGUCCUAUUCGAGGGUGGAAUUCCAGCAAGAGGAAUGUACAACUUCUCUUCCCUCCAUCUGUGAGAGGACACCUUUCAGGUUUCCAGAUGGGCACUGAGCUAGAUACUUGAGCCAAUAAGAGCCUAUGCCUCUCAACCUGUGGCCUGCAGGUCUUAUGAUCAUUCUGUUACUCCCUGGCACUCCCUCUUUCUUGGUAGAGCCCAGCCAAGGGCUGAUCCACGCCUGGCACAACUAGCCAACCUACUGCCUGCUUAAAACCUUGUUCCAGAAACUGGACAUU